GCCAGUGUCGCUUCGGCUGUCGAAAAAUACGCGCGCGGGACGAAGAUAUUCGGGAGAGAUUCGUUUAAUUAAGUUAAUUUAAAUUAAAUUAGAGACCAUGAGACAAGCAACAAAUUCUGUCAUCGCGUUGGCGCUGCUUGUGGUCAGCGCGCGUGCGCAAAAUUAUCCGAAUUUCCCGCGUCCCAAUUCGUUUCCCAUCGUCGACAGUUCGGUGUCAUUGGACGCAGGAAAAUUCUUCGAUAAGACUUUAGGAGAAGAGCAACAACGAGAACACCAUUUUAGGGGAUUCGCGGCGCAACACAAGAAAAUCGAACAAGAAAAUUUCCACGGCGAUGUUAUUGGACAGGAAAAUUUCCAUCGUGGACGUGCGGGAAUUGAACAAGAAAUAUUCCAUGGUGGACAUGCGGGAAUUGAACAAGAAAUAUUCCAUGGUGGACAUAAAACAUUUGAACAAGAAAAUUUCCAUGGUGGACAUGAAGCAGUUGGACAAGAAAAUUUCCAUGAUGGGCAUGAAGCAGUCGAACAAGAAAAUUUCCAUGGUGGACACACGCCAAUUGAACAAUAUCCAGCCGAAGAAAAAUCCCAAAGUUUCGACGAUUACGAACAAACAAUAGAGAGGGAAUGGAAUAAAUUCAUGACGCAAUACAACAAAGUGUACGCCGACGACGAGGAGCGGCGCUUCCGCCGGGAGGCCUUCAUCGAAAACAGGGCCAGGAUCAGCAGACUGAACGCCGACUACGCCGAAGGCAAGAGGAACUACGUGCACAAGAUGAAUCCCUACGGGGAUCUGUUACUGCACGAGUUCAACGUUCGCUUCUGCGGCUUCAAUCGCAGCCGAACGACGCCGACGGCGAAGCUCCAACGGCAGUCGGCCUUUUUGCCCAGCGCCAACGUCGUUUUUCCAACCAGCGUCGAUUGGAGAGAAGUGGGCGCCGUCACGUCCGUCAAAAACCAACUACUUUGUUCAGGAUGUUGGGCGUUCGCCGCUGCCGGAGCUCUGGAGGGUCACCAUUUUAGAAAGACCGGGGAUCUAGUGGAUGUGAGCGCUCAGAAUUUGAUAGAUUGUACGCAACGGUACGGAAAUAACGGAUGCGAUGGCGGUCUAAUGGAUCCCGCUUUUGAAUACGUCAGAGAUAACGAUGGAGUAGAUUCGGAAGAAUCCUACCCGUUCGAGGGGAAAACGGACGUCUGCAGGUUCAAGAGAGAGGAUGUAGUCGCUACUUGUACAGGAUUCGUGGAGAUCCCGGCCAACGACGAGAAAUCCUUGGAAAUCGCCUUGGCCACGUUGGGCCCCGUCACGGCCGCCAUCGAUGCCACCAAAGAAACAUUCCAAUUCUAUUCGGGAGGAAUCUACGACGAUCCCGAAUGCGCCAACGCCCCAGAGCAAUUGAACCACGCCGUCUUGAUCGUCGGUUAUGGAACCGAGCCCGAUGGCAGGAAGUACUGGCUGGUCAAGAACUCGUACGGGCCCCAAUGGGGCAUCGGGGGUUACAUCAAAAUCGCUAAAGAAAAUAACAAUCAAUGCGGUAUCGCCGUCAAAGCGAGUUAUCCUCUGGUUUGAAACCGUUGUAAUAAUGUAUUAAUUGUAUUUUUCUAUAUGCAUUAAAUGUACUUUAAUGAAAA